AUGGGAACCUGCACUUCAAAGCCACCAAAACCCAACCCAUAUUCCUCCAGAGACCCAAAUGACCAAACCAACCCUUCACAAACCCCCAAAUCCCUCCCAUCCCUCACCCCUCACCACCACAAGGACGACGUCGUUUCCCGGCAGUCCCAGUCCCAGUCCCCCUUCUUCCCCUUCUACAGUCCGAGCCCCGCCCAUUACCUCAAGAAGUCGUCUCCGGCGAGGACCAAGAGCGCCACUUCCACUCCCAGCCGCUUUUUCCGGCGACCCUUUCCUCCGCCGUCGCCGGCCAAACACAUAAAGGCCGUGCUGGCUCGGCGGCUCGGCAAAAAGGCCUCGGCUUCGGUGGCGAUACCGGAGGAUGCUGAGGACGAAGAUGGGGUUGAGCUGGACAAGAGGUUUGGGUUUUCUAAGGAGUUAACAAGCCGAUUGGAGGUUGGCGACGAAGUGGGUCGAGGGCAUUUUGGGUAUACUUGCUCUGCUAGGUUCAAGAAGGGUGAGUUUAAGGGUCAGCAGGUUGCUGUCAAGGUCAUCCCCAAAUCAAAGAUGACAACUGCCAUUGCAAUUGAGGAUGUGAGAAGGGAGGUCAAGAUAUUGCGUGCCUUGACGGGACAUAGCAAUCUAGUUCAGUUCUAUGAUGCAUUUGAAGACAGUGAUAAUGUCUACAUAGUAAUGGAGUUAUGCGAAGGUGGGGAGCUUUUAGAUAGAAUACUUUCAAGGGGCGGGAAAUACUCUGAAGAUGAUGCGAAGACUGUCAUGGUUCAAGUACUGAAUGUUGUUGCGUUUUGUCAUCUUCAGGGUGUGGUGCAUCGGGAUCUUAAGCCAGAGAACUUUUUGUAUUCCGCUAAGGAUGAGAAUUCCCAGUUGAAAGCCAUUGAUUUUGGCUUAUCAGAUUUUGCCAAACCAGAUGAGAGGCUUAAUGAUAUUGUUGGAAGCGCAUACUAUGUCGCACCUGAGGUUCUACAUAGAUCUUAUAGUACAGAGGCUGAUGUUUGGAGCAUAGGUGUAAUAGCAUAUAUUCUUUUAUGUGGUAGUCGCCCAUUUUGGGCCCGGACUGAGUCUGGGAUUUUUCGAGCGGUGUUGAAAGCUGAUCCCAGUUUUGAUGAAGCACCUUGGCCGUCUUUAUCUCCUGAAGCAAAGGACUUUGUUAAACGCUUAUUGAACAAGGACCCUCGGAAACGAAUGACAGCAGCGCAGGCUUUAAGUCAUCCUUGGAUCAGGAAUUAUAAUGAUGUAAAAGUGCCUCUUGAUAUUUUAAUAUUUAGACUCAUGAAGGUUUAUAUGCGAUCAUCAUCACUUCGAAAGGCUGCUUUAAGGGCCUUAUCUAAGACAUUGACUGUGGAUGAGCUCUUUUAUCUGAAGGAGCAGUUUGCACUAUUGGAGCCAAACAAAAAUGGCACUAUAACUCUUGACAAUAUUAGAAUGGCCCUGAUGAAAAAUGCUACAGAUGCAAUGAAGGAGUCUCGCAUUCCCGAUCUCAUUGCAUCGCUAAAUGCACUUCAAUACAGAAGAAUGGAUUUUGAAGAGUUCUGUGCAGCUGCAUUAAGUGUUCAUCAGCUGGAGGCACUUGAUCGUUGGGAACAACAUGCACGAUGUGCAUAUGAACUUUUCGAGAAGGAUGGAAACAGGGCAAUUGUCAUUGAAGAACUCGCUUCAGAACUUGGACUUGGUCCCUCGAUUCCGCUUCAUGUGGUUCUCCAUGACUGGAUUAGGCACACUGAUGGGAAGCUAAGCUUCCUUGGCUUUGUGAAGUUGUUGCAUGGUGUGUCCAGCCGGACGUUUGUGAAAGCAUAG